AUGUCAAGAGAGGUUAAGAAUAGAAAGGCUUCGAAGCAGGUAGAUGCACGUCUGAGUGAACCUUUAAACAGUGAGACACCUCCUACAAUCGGAAGUACAGAUUUGAAACCAGAAUAUGCCACUGCUGCGUUGAAUAUGGCUGCUGACUUUGUCAAGCAGAAACAGUCGCUAGCCAACAUGAGCAUAUUAGGUCAUCCGUUGAUAGUGGUAUUCGUAUGGAUGGUUGCCAUCUAUUUCGCGGCUCCUAAGGUAACAAUACCAACUGAUAACGGUAAUGGUAGUUUCAUCAAUUUUAUUUGGCAGGCGUUCUCCAAAAACAAAUCUGUGGUACCCACCGUUAUUUUUUUCGGAUGUUUGAGUACAAUGAUUGUAUUUACGUUAAUGUCCAGAGUUACUGAGACUUUCUUUAAUUCUUUGAGUAGGGAUAUUAUUGAUACACAAGGUGAGAAUGUGUUUGGCGUUGAUUUGAAAAAACUAGCUGAAAGAAAAUGCACUAGUCAAGAAUUGGAACAAGCUAAAAAUACUUAUAUCGUGGUUUACAGAGAUACACCAGUGGCACUUGUAUCAUUAGUGGAAAACAAAAUUCUGACUACGAAGGAUAAUUUGGUAAUGAGCGUUUCUACGAUGGGAUGCCGUAAAGUUUAUGAAAAGAGUGGUAUCAUUGAGGAUUUAAUCGAUUGGUGUACUAUACGCACAAAGCAAAAGUACGUGCAGGGAGAUUACACAGGUAAAAUGAAACUAUUAAUUGAUGUCUAUUCAUUUGAUGUUGAUACCAAGGCGAUUUUAAAGAGGAAGGGUUUUACCUUGUUAAAAAAUGCCAAAGUGCAUGAAAGUUUUAUCCUCGGUAAACUCUUUGGUAUGAAAAAGGAACUCUGGGGUCUACAAUUCCAUUUUGAAAAACCCAAGAUUAGUGAGAUUAAAUAG